UGGGCGUGGCUCUGCACAGCAGCCGAAAGAGUAGCCUAGUACGACGCGCGUCGCCCAAACUGCACUGAAGGCUUGUGGGUCUGAAGACGCACGGCGCGCAGAGGAAAUGGGCGACAAACCAGGCACCAGGGUCUUUAAAAAAUCCAGUCCAAACAGUAAGCUAACAGUGUAUCUUGGGAAGAGGGAUUUUGUUGACCACUUGGACCAUGUGGACCCAGUAGAUGGCAUGGUACUUGUAGAUCCAGAGUAUCUCAAAGACCGCAAAGUAUUCGUGACCCUCACAUGUGCGUUCCGGUAUGGCCGUGAGGAUCUGGACGUCCUGGGGCUGUCUUUUCGUAAAGUUCUCUUCAGCAGCACAGUCCAAGUGUUCCCCUGCCCUCCUGUAUCUCAGCAGAUUCUCAGUCCACUGCAGGAGAAACUCUUCAAAAAAUUAGGACAAUAUGCCUACCCCUUCAACUUCUCGAUCCCACACAACCUGCCGUGCUCCGUGACACUGCAGCCCGGCCCAGAGGACACAGGGAAGGCCUGCGGAGUGGACUUCGAGCUCCAGGUGUUCUGUGCCAAGGCUGAGGACGAAAAGAUCCACCAAAGGAACUCAGUGCACCUCCUCAUCCGAAAAGUCCAGUACGCCCCCGAGAACCCCGGCCCACAGCCCAUGGUGGAGACGAGCCGCAACUUCCUCAUGUCGGACCGGUCGCUGCAUUUGGAAGCGUCACUGGACAAAGAGUUGUAUUACCAUGGAGAGCCUAUAAACAUCAAUGUCCAUGUCACAAACAACUCCACCAAGAAUGUCAAGAAGAUCAAAGUAUCUGUUCGUCAGUAUGCAGACAUCUGCCUCUUCUCCACCGCACAGUACAUGUGUCCAGUAGCAAUGGUUGAAGCAGAGGACCAGGUGAGUCCCAGCUCCACCCUGUGUAAGAUCUACACUCUGACUCCAGUGUUAGGGCCCAACAGAGAGAAGAGAGGCCUCGCUCUGGACGGGAAACUCAAACAUGAAGACACCAACUUGGCCUCCAGCACCAUAAUGAAAGAGGCAUCAGAUAAGGAGACUAUGGGAAUCCUGGUGUCCUACAAAGUCCGGGUCAAAGCUGUGGUAUCUCUUGGAGCGGACGUGGCGGUGGAGCUUCCAUUUGUCCUGAUGCAUCCCAAGCCUAAAGAAGAGACGCCCACUCCUCCACAACCUGAGACUGGUGUUCUCGUGGACACAAACCUGAUAGAGCUGGAGACUAAUGCACCGUCACAGGUGGAUGACUUGGUGUUUGAAGAUUUUGCUCGUCUGCAGUUUACUGAUAUGAAUGACAAGGAGGAAGACCCAUUCUGCUAGCUUCAACUGUAGCCACUACUGAGGAACACUUCUACACACAAGCACUGUGCACUGUAAUAUUGAACUUGUAUGAACAUUUAUUAUCAACAUUUAUAGUGGCCUUUACACAACUACCUGUGGGAUAAUUACUGGUGGAGAUUGUCUAUAUGUUUGAUAGUGUCUUUUGUGAUUGAAAUGUUUUAAAUAGCAUGUCUUUGUUAAUAUGUGCAAAAAAUAUUGGUUCUCAAGUUUUUAAUUGUCACAAGUUGGCCUGAAUACAUUCCAUACAGUGGUAAUUCUGUUGCACUGCCAUCUAUGUAUUGAUACUACUAAAUAUUAAAAAGCUAUGAUAGUAUUACUUAAACAAA